AUGACAUAUAAUAUUGAUACGGACACAUUAAGAAAACAAGUACAGAAUAAAUUCAGUAAACAAGGAAAGAUGAAAGAAGAAGAUAUAAACACAUUAUACGACAUAGUAACAGAAAUUAACAAAGAAAAAGGAAUAUUCAUAGAUUUACCAGAACCAUUAGAAAGGCUAGCAUAUAAUCUACUAUAUAUACAAAUAUAUAAUAGAAUUAUCUAUGAUGGUAUUGAAUAUAAUGAAGAUAUUAUUAUAACAGAUAAAAUAAUAGAAUCUAUAAAAAAUGCCGAUACAAUUAUAGAUAUAAUUAAAGAAGCAGCAGGAGAAUUACACAGUGAAGAUAAAAAAGAAGCAUUUUAUAGAUUAAUGGGAAAUAAUCCUAUAAUUAUGGCAGGUGUUUAUAUAUUAAGAAAGGAAUUCUUUGAUUCUUCUAUUAAUGUACUAUGUAAGAGCAUAAAUAUACAAGAAUUAGAUGAUAAAAUGACAUCAGAAGGUGCAUUUAAUAAACUGUGUGAAUUGACUGAAUCAGGAGAGUGUUCUAGAUUACAGAGAGCAUUAGAUAUACUAGUGAAACAUGGUGAUAAUCUAACUAUAGUUGAUGUGGGUGAUGAUGAGACAAAACAUUCAAAUGCAAGUAGUUUAGAAAUAACUGAUGAUGACAUUAAAUCAUUGCAAUUACUUACAAGAAUAGAUAUGUGGCGUGCUGCUGAAUUUUCUAAGUUUUUAAACGAUUCAAUAUAUGAUCCAAUCAUUAAUAAGAUUAAACAACAUGGAACAUGGCAUCCAAUUUAUUCAAUUUGUGAUUUAUACGGUUCAGUAUAUAAUACCUCUAUGUAUACAGAUGAAAUGGACACUGAAUCUAAAGCAAAGUUUAAAAAUGCUCUUAAAGGAAACUUAAAUGACUUAAAUGAUAGUGAAAGUGUAUGUAAUAUUAUUAGUAUAACUGACUUCUCUAGUAUGUUUAAUAAUAUAACCCGAAAUGGACUUACCGCUGAUAAGUUUAAGAAUAACGUAGUUAAAAAGUAUUUAGAAUCAAUAGAACCAAUUAUUUCAAUUAUUAAUGGGACAGCUGCAUCAUUUAAGCAUAAAUUUAAAAGAGUAUUAAGUAUUCUUAUAAUAAUAUUUAUAAUAAUAUUUAUAAUUAUUAUGAGUAUAUUUAGAAUAUUCCCUAAUGAAACAAAAGAAAUUAUGAAUAAUUUAUUAUUUUAA